UUUCAAGUGCCAACACCCUUGACAGUUACCAGACACUGCAAUCACCAUACCGAAGAAUUGUAGCAAAAGCACUCAUCAACGGGAGCAGUAGCAUAGUCGUUUGUAGCCCACCACACCCGCGCUUGUGCCUGCAGCUUGACCGCAUCGCCACCAACAACCAUCAUGGCUAAACGCAAGCGCAACAACCCCCAAGCAUCAAUAUCCAUCAAAUCAAAAGGUCCCUUGACACCGCCACAAGAUACUUCGGCCACUGGACCGUCAACUAUCAAUGCCGUCACCUCGCCCGAAGAAGUCGAAAUCACGGUUGAGACAUUGCAGGCACUAGCCGAACAUCCAUCCCUCAUCAAAUCAAAAGCAUGCAAAGACCUCAGAACGGCGGUAUACGCCUUCAAGCAAGCAAGUACGACGGGCAUGAUAGCAGCAGAGGGCGGUAAUCUCACAGCACGCAUCUCCGCCGCACUCACAGACGGAAGAUACCUGGACGCCCGGAUACUCCUCUCCGAAAUGCGCAUCCGUAAUGAGACACCCUCCCUCGGUGCCCUCUGCCGCUGGGUCCGCACACUGGACGUGAUAUCUGGUCUCUCCAUCCACGUGCGCGUGCCAAACAAGGAUGUCGUUGGCACGAAUUCGCACAACGCGGAGCUAAUCCGAGUCCUGGAUGCCAUCCUCCGUGUCACAGGUCCCACAGAUACCACUUCUCAUGGCCUGAAUGCAUCACCUGGCGCCAUUUCUCUUCAGGAAACCUGGGAUCUACGCGGCACCGUGGAACCCACGCAGCACAUCCGCGCCAGCAUCGCGGAUGGCUCCAUCUUUGCAUCCUGCGCGCCAGGCCUCAAGUCCUGCUUCCGCGCCAUAGAAACAACACCCGGCCCCCAGCGCAAACCGCCAAACUUGCACCCCGCGAUCCUCUUCGCUUCUCAGGACAAUACCCUCCCCCUAGGCCCCGCGCCCAGAACAACCGUCCACACGCACCCACUAGUCCCGCAUCUUCGACUCAUACGCGACGUGCUGACACCCGCGGAAUGCGCAUCCAUCAUCGCUGCGGGGGAGACUAUGGAGUUCAUCCCCGAUGCGCCGCUGCGGCCGCAGGGCGAAGACACGAGUGUGCUCGCGCACAACUUCUACUGGAUAGUCGAUCAGGCGUUCCACGAUGCGCUGUGGGCGCGGGUCAAGGAGUUUGUGCCGGGUGUGAAGGAGGGGAAGAAGGUGCGCGGGAUCAAUCGGCGGUUUAGGGUGUAUCGGUACGUUCCGGGGGCGGAGUAUAGAUGUCAUAUUGACGGCGCAUGGCCCCCCUCCGGCAUCGAUCCUACAACCGACGCAUACAUCUACGACGCCUCCCCCGCGACCGCAAAGCAAUCCUCCCUCUACACUUUCCUCAUCUACCUCAACGACGACUUCCGCGGCGGCGAAACGACUUUCUUCCUCCCGAGCGUGAAGGAAGGCGUGCUGAAUGCGUACCCCGUAAAGCCGGUCAUGGGCAGUGUAGCUGUGUUCCCGCAUGGCGAGGCGCAGGACGCGUUGCUACAUGAAGGGACGGGUGUUGUCGAGGGCGCGAAGUACGUUAUUAGGACGGAUGUGGAGUACGAUGUUGAGCCGAGCGUGUCAUCAGAAUAGACCGCAGGUACCGAAGAAUGAAAAGUGCAUUCGCUGUCUCUCUGAGAAUGUAUGUAACAAAGGGGUAUUAAACAAUAUAAAUAC